AUUGAAAUGUCAUCUACAUUAUUUAUCAACUUUGAAAGUAUAAUUAACAAGGAUAAUUACCAUGGCACAAAAACUUGUUAUCCUUUUCACCACUCUUCUUGUUGUUAUGGCUGCUCAUAAUUCAUUAUACUCCACCAAAGUUCAUGUGAUGGCCCAAGAAGAUAUACAACAAAUUGCAAGAAAAUUAUUGCAAGAAGAUCAAGAUCCAGUUUGUGGAAAACCAUGUAAUACACAUGAUGAUUGCUCUGAUGCUUGGCUUUGUCAAGCCUGUUGGAAUUUCAGACAAACUUGUGGUCCAUUUGUUGGUUAAUUAAAGACAUGAUCAUGGGCCUAUAAUUUAACUAUUUAUCAUAAUUUCAACAUUUAGUCACUUAAUUAGAUAAAUAAAUAACUUAAGUGACCAAAGUGUACUUGUUCAAAGAAAAAAUUAUGUGGCUAAGAAAUAAACUUUGUGUGUAAUGUGUUUAUCAAUUAAAUAAAAGAUCAUAUGUUUUCUUUGCUUUUGAAA